UCUGAACCCCCAGCCAGCCACCGCCACCACCACCACCACCGCCACAGCCGCCACUCAGCCGCCAUGACCCGAGAGAGCCACUCUCAGAGCCACGCCGCCAUGUCCAGCCAGGUCCUCAGCCUCCUCCUCUUGCUUUCCUUCACCGCCCUCGCUGCCGCAGGAACCAUCAAGGCGGCGCCAGCCAGGCCCAGCACUCAGCAGCAUGACGCUACCUUCACAGAUGGUGCACCAGUAAAACGCUUCGAUGCCUUCACGACUGGCUUCGGACACAGCAAACGUAACUUUGACGAGAUCGACCGUGCUGGAUUCGGAUUCGCCAAGAAGAACUUCGAUGAGAUUGACCGAUCUGGCUUCGGCUUCAACAAGCGCAACUUCGAUGAAAUCGACCGAUCCGGCUUCGGCUUCAACAAGCGUAACUUUGAUGAAAUCGACCGCACUGGCUUCGGCUUCAACAAGCGCAACUUCGACGAAAUCGACCGUUCCGGCUUCGGCUUCAACAAGCGUAACUUCGAUGAAAUCGACCGCACUGGCUUUGGCUUCCACAAGCGAGACUACGAUGCCUUCCUCGACAAGAGGAACUUCGACGAGAUCGACCGAUCUGGCUUCGGCUUCGUGAAGAGAGUCUACGUGCCCAGGGAUAUGGCUAACCUCUACAAGCGCAACUUCGACGAAAUUGAUCGCUCUGGCUUCGGCUUCGUCCGACGCAAUGCAGAGUGAAGCAGCUCCUGAGGAACCAUCCAGUUUGAGCCGUAACGAACCCUCAACAGCUCCAAUUUUUGCGUCCUCAAGUGAGACUGGUUAAUAUGUCUUAUAUAUUACUUUAAGAAUAGUUACUAACCAUAUAAUACAUAAUAUACUUGCUAUUUUACUCCCAGAGAAAGAACAUUAGCCAUCUCUUUCCUCACUCGCAUUUAUGGACUGCUCGUUACGUAGCAAGUAACUUGGUGUUUUCUGCAGAGACGGACACCUCUUAGAACUUCCCUCUAUCUGAUGUUAUUAAUGGGUGGCUGGGAAUGUCAAGCAAGGAAUAAAGAGUAUUUUUAUUAAA